AGUGUUACAAUGGGCAACAGAGACUAUAGCUCUCAAGGCAGUGCUAACGGUAGUCAUGGAGUGUCAAGGCUGAAGUCCCAAUUGAGUUUCACUAGACAAGAUUCUCUUUCUCAGAUCUCUGAAGUAACUGAGAAUCUUGUUGAUGGUGUCAACUCUAACAGUAACCCAAAUGCUGCACAUUCAUUUGCUGCUGCUGGCUUUGGAAUAGAUUCAUGGGAUAAUACAAACUCCAUUGUGUUUUCUGCCUCACCAAGCAAGAGGGCUAAAAAUAUCGAUGUCGAUAUUUACAACUGUCUGAAUGCCUUGGACACUCAGUUUAGCUUGCCCCAAACAACACUUGAGAUGGCCACGGUUGAACAACUGCUACAUAUUCCUGAAGAUUCUGUGCCUUGUAAAAUCCGAGCCAAGCGUGGCUGUGCGACUCAUCCUCGAAGCAUUGCUGAAAGAGAGAGAAGAACAAGAAUAAGUGGGAAGCUGAAGAAAUUACAGGAGCUUGUUCCUAACAUGGAUAAGCAAACAAGCUACGCAGAUAUGCUGGACUUGGCUGUGCAGCAUAUUAAAGGUCUUCAAAAUGAAGUUCAGAAACUCCACAAAGAAUUGGAAACCUGUACAUGCGGGUGCAAACAAAGCUUAUGAUGUUUGCUAAACAGGUUUAAGGAAACAAAGAACUUGUCUAAUUUCCCAGUUUUGAAGCCAAUACCAAUUUAGCUUGCUUAGCUCGACUUAAUAAUGGAAAAAGUAGAGGGAAAAACUCGAAAAUGUAUAUAAAUG